AUGGCUGAUUCAACCAAAGAAGAUACGCCCGCCGCAGUGCCAGAGGUCGGGGAUGUCGAAGGUGAACCAAAGAAGCUCAAGUAUCCCCGAUCCAUUCCAUUUAUCAUCAGCAAUGAGUUUUGCGAACGGUUCAACUACUAUGGCAUGCGAACCGUGCUGGUACUGUACCUCACGAGAAAACUGGACUUCGACGAUGAUACGGCAACGGUACUGUAUCAUACCUUCACCACUCUGGUGUACUUUAUGUGCGUGAUCGGAGCUAUCAUUGCGGACAGUUGGUUGGGCAAAUUUCGCACAAUAUUGUACCUGUCGAUUGUGUACACGAUCGGUAGCGGAUGCAUUACGCUGGGUGCCAUACCGAGCUGGGAUCUGGAUGCACGUGCGAUGACCAUUGCCGGACUGUUGCUGAUCGCUUUCGGUUCGGGUGGAAUUAAGCCGUGCGUUGCCGCGUUCGGUGGCGAGCAGUUUAAGCUACCGGAACAGGCAAAGUAUUUGGCGCUGUUCUUCUCGAUGUUCUACUUUGCGGUCAAUUCAGGCUCAUUCGUGUCGACCAUGGUCACACCGAUUUUACGCGAAGAUGUGAAAUGCUUCGAUGACGAUGAUUGCUUCCCAUUGGCGUUCGGCGUACCUGGUGUGUUGAUGGUGAUUUCCAUCAUCAUCUUCAUCAUUGGCAAGCCGUUGUACAAGAUAUCCGCACCCGCGGGCAAUAUGUUUGUAAAGGUUUCUAAAUGUAUUUGGACUGCUAUACGGACGCGAUCACGUGAAAAAUCUAUCAACCCUCGUGAGCACUGGUUGGAUUAUUCAGAGAAGCGCUGGGGACGCCAGCUGGUCGACGAAACGCGCAUUCUACUGAACGUCCUAAGGCUGUACAUUCCUCUGCCGGUGUUUUGGGCGCUGUUCGAUCAGCAGGGUUCCCGUUGGACUUUCCAAGCAACCCGAAUGGAUGGCGAUCUGGGCUUUUGGACGAUUAAACCGGAUCAGAUGCAGGUCAUUAAUCCGCUGCUUAUUUUGGUGUUCAUUCCGCUGUACGAGGUCGCUUUCUAUCCACUGUUAAGCAUGAUCGGAAUUCGGCGACCAUUGCAGAAGCUCACACUGGGCGGUAUAUUUGCCGGUUUAGCAUUUGUUAUAUCAACCAUUGUCGAAAUUCAACUGGAAUCUACCUACGCCAUCAUUCCGAAGGAAGGGGAAGCUCAGCUGCGUAUAUUCAACGGCAUGAACUGCGACUAUCGCGUCCAGUCAAACAUUCCAGAGCAUGCCGAUUUUACGCUCAAGAGUAUGAGCAUGUUCGAGGAAAAGUAUCUCAGUGUAAAGGGUAAAGCCACGUACACGUACACACUUUCGUCCAUUAACCCAGGGCUCAAUUGUGCAAUUGAGUCGGAACAACAGCGCACGUUUGAGGUGGAGGAGGAAAAACAAAUGUCCUACUUUAUUCGCAAACAGGACUCCGGCGUUGGUCUGUUGAGAUACGAAGAUGACACAGAAAAAUCUUCCAAGGGAUACCCGAUGUACCGAGUGCUGGGAAACACGGCUACCAAUCGCACCGUAGUUUUUCGCGACAUUGACUCAUCCGACCCAUUCGAUAGGCACAAGAACGGUUCGUAUGUGUACGAUCUGGUGGAAUCCUAUCCUUCCGAUUACGAAAUCUAUGUAGAUGGCGAGCUGACCUUGACCUACACGAUGCGGUUAGGUGGCGUAUAUGCUUUCAUUGUGAGCGAUGUUGAUGGUAUGACUACGGAGCCCAUCAUUGUUACCGAACCGAACUCCGUCAACAUGCUUUGGUUGAUUCCUCAGUACGUGGUAAUGACACUGGGUGAAGUGAUGUACUCCAUAACGGGGCUGGAGUUUUCGUUCACACAAGCACCGGAGAGUAUGAAAUCGGUACUGCAGGGAUGCUGGCAACUAACGGUUGCCGUCGGUAAUCUGAUAGUAGUUAUCGUAGCUGAAGCUAAAAUCUUCGAAGCACAGAAAUGGGAGUUUGUGCUAUUUGCCGGUCUUAUGUUUGUCGACAUGGGUUUGUUCUCUAUACUGGCCUGGCGCUACAAACAGAUCCCGCUGAAAACGUACGACGAAGAAGAUGAUCCAAAUGCUACGCUGCCCAUUGAUCAGAAGGAUCCACUCGGCCUCGACAAUCCCGUGUUUAAGAAAUCGUCAGACGAAUAG